ACGCAAAUAUUUCAACCUCAAUAUCCAGCAGUUCAAACUUAAAAAGCAUAGGAUUCUUUACGCACUUCGGUCAACACCAAUUUUUAAAUAUCCUAUUCCUCUCCAAACUUACGAAAAAGGAAUAAAGGACUUAACCGAAAAAAUAGUAAAUAUCAGAUUCAACGAAACCGCUUGGGCCCAAGCAACUCUUCCAACCAAAUUUGGUGGUCUCGGCAUCAGAUCUCCACUUGACUUAGCAACAACUACUUUCAUAUCGAGUAGUCUCUUGACAAAGCCAAUAACCACCGCCCAUAAUUCUAAAGAAGACCUUUCCUUAAUCGUGGCUAUGGAUAUUUGGAAAACAAGGAUCAAUGCUGAUUCUCAUCCCCCCACAACCCAUAAACAGAAAGACUGGGAUGCACCAGUGGUUGCUCGCUGCGUUGAAACUCUCUUAUCUAGCAUGCAAUCUACCGACCGCACCCUAUUCUCUUCCCUGCUCAAUGGUACGGGACAUGAGUUUCUUGAGGCCAUCCCAUCUACCAAUCUUCAGCUUCAACUAUCCAACAAUGAAUUUACCCAUGCCAUCGGCAUUCGUCUAAAUUGUUCCAUCACUCACCCCCACAUCUGCUCAGGGUGCAACUCGCCAGUUGACUCGAAGGGUAGACAUAGUUUACAUUGUCGUUCCUGCAAUGGACGAUUCAUCAGACACAAGCAAUGUAAUACAAUCAUCCAACAUGCUCUGAAAUCCGCCCAAAUUCCUUCCACGUUAGAACCACUUGGUCUUUUUAGAUCUGAUGGUAAACGUCCUGAUGGCUCAAAUCCCAUAGGAGAGGCCAACUUUUGGUAUGGGACUAUUCCUGUAUUGACCCCUUGGCCCCAUCCAACCACGCCAUCAACAUCCUUGACCAGAAGGAACAACUUAAAAUUUCUAAAUACACAGAAAUAAUAAACGAUCAUUGCUUCAUCCCAAUCAUAUCAACCACUCUUGGCACCUUCGGCAAACUCGCCUUAGCAUUUUUCAAAAAAUUAGGAUCACAAAUCAGCAAACUCUCAGAAGAAUCUCGAGAGGGUUUUUUUCUUCGUCAACGAUUAUCCAUAGCGAUUCACAAAGCUAAUUAUAUCAGUUUCAAUGGUAGCCUUCUAGCCAAAGAGCUAUCAUAGACAACGCUUACGUCCCUUUUUCAUUUUUGUUCCCCUGCGUCACACCAUCUCCGUUCUUUUUUUUAAUAGUAUUAUUAUAUAUUUUUCAAAUACAAAAUAAUUUAAAAAUUACAUUCAUUAUAUAAUAUUUAUAAAAAUACUAUAUAACAUUUUAGAACUUUAUAUCAAAUUCAAUUCAAUUAUAUUUCUUUCUUUUUUUAAACUUUAUUUGGUAUAAAAUAACACAUUUAAUUAAAAGUAUAAAUGCUAUAAAUUAUUAUAAGGCUUUUAUAAAUUAUUAUUAAAUAAUGAACUAUAAAGUAAUUGUUUUAAAGCCUUUGUCAAAAUAAUAAAAAAUUAUAAUUUAGAGAAUAAAAUUUUUUAUAUAACUUUAGAUAAUGCAACUAAUAAUAAAACAUUUAUUGAUACAUUUUCUUUAAAAUAUCCCUUAAUAAAAAUAGGGGACAUCCGAUGCUUUGCCCAUGUAAUUAAUUUAAUAUCCAAAGAAAUUUUCAAAAUUUUAGACCCUUCAAUUCUAAAACUAAGAAACAUUAUUAGAAUGAUUCGUAAUUCCCCUCAAAAAUUAAAUUUAUUAAAAAAUAUAUGUAGUUCCCUACAUCCUCCCCUAAAUUUUUUAAAACCAAAAUUGGAUUGUGAAAUAAGGUGGAAUAGCACCUAUCAAAUGAUUGAAAGGGGCUUAUUGUUAAAGCUAUAACAAAAUUAGUUAAUGAAGUAAUAACUAACAUUAAAAUUCUUCAAGAAAAACAAAUAUCAGAGGAAGAAUGGGAGGAUCUUAGAAAAAUUAAAGCUAUACUAUUGCCUUUAUAUGAAACUACAAAUAUGGUAUGUGGGGAGAAUUAUCCUACUUAUAAUUUGGUCAUACCUUAUUAUAUUUUAAUUCUUGAACAUCUAAAAAAUGAAAAACCUGGUUUCCAUAAAUCCUUUAACAAUAGUUUCAAAGUAGCAUGUGAUAAAUUGUUGGGCUAUUAUAAUUUAACUGCCGAUGAUGCAAUAAUAACCACAAUAUUAGAUCCCAGGCUUAAAGUAUAAUAUUUUAAAUCAAUAUCUGUUGAUUAUGAUAUUGAUAUAUCCAAGUUAAUGGACAAAUUUAAUGAGAUUUACAAUAGAUAUACAGCUCAUAAUUAUAACUGUCAAACAAAUAAGGAUAAAAUUCAACAAAACAGGCUAGACAUUGUUUUUAAACAAAAUAAUAUCCAACUGUGUGAAAUAGAUUUUUAUCUGAGUGAACCAAGAGCAAAGAGUGAUACUGACCCGUUAAUGUGAUGGAAGGCAAAUGCAUAUCGGAUCCCCAUACUCUCGAAAAUGGCAAGAGAUUAUCUAUCUAUACAAGGAACAUCAACUGCUUGUGAAAGGCUUUUCUCAGUUGGAACUAAUUUAUUGUCAAAAAACCGCAUGUCAUAUAAGGAAGAAAAUAUAAGAAAAACUCUUUUCCUUAAAAAUUGGCUUAAAUUAUAAAUUAAAUUAAUAAUAUAUAUUUUAAUUUUGUUUAUA